AUGCAGUUACAGGAAACAGAUAGGAAGUGUGUGGAGAUCACGCUGCAGGACGUCAACGACAACCCGCCCGUCUUCCCCAACGAUAUCCUCGACGUGACCAUCGAGGAGAAUGUCGGGGACGGCUUCAAGAUAAUGCAGCUAACAGCCACGGAUGCAGACAAGGGUCCCAACGCUCUCGUGACGUACACCAUCGUCAGCGGGGCGGACGACAGCUUUCGGAUCGACCCCGAGUCCGGAGACCUGAUCGCCACCAAGAAGCUGGACCGGGAGCGCCGCUCCGAGUAUUCCCUCCUGGUGCGCGCCGACGACGGGAAGCAGUCGUCCGACAUGAGGCUGAACAUCACCGUCAAGGACGUCAACGACCACACGCCCAAGUUCUCCCGGGUCACGUAUUCCUUCGACAUCCCCGAGGACACGGCGCCGGGCUCCAUCGUGGCGGCGAUCCUGGCCAGCGACUCCGACUCGGGGGUGAACGGGGAGGUCACGUACUCGCUGGAGGACGAGGACGAGGACGAGGCGUUCCUGCUGAACCCGGUGACGGGCGUCUUCAACGUGACGCGCCCGCUGGACUACGAGACCCAGCAGUACUACAUUCUGACGGCGAGGGCCCGGGACGGCGGGGGCCAGGCCAGCGCCGUGCGGGUGUACUUCAACGUGCUGGACGUGAACGACAACGCGCCCGUCUUCAACGCCAGCGCCUACAGCGCGUCGGUGUCCGAGAGUCUGCCGCCCGGGUCCACCGUUGUCACCGUCGGGGCCGGCGACGCCGACGACGGCCCCAAUGCCCAGCUCCUCUACCGCAUCGCAUCCGGAGAUUCCCAGGGCCACUUUGUCAUCGGCGAGGACGGCGUCCUCCAGACCAAGAAGGCCCUGGACAGAGAAAACCAGUCCUUCUACAACCUGGUGAUCACGGUCAACGACCUUGCUCCUCCUCCCAUGACCCGCUUCACCAGCACCGCCCAGGUGUCCGUCAUCCUUCUGGACAUCAACGACUGCCCGCCGACCUUCACCUCUCAGAGGGUGACCUACAUCCAGGAGAACACGCCGGUGGACACGGUCGUGUUCACCGCCCGGGCGGCGGACGCCGACAGCGGACCCAACAGCUACGUUGAGUACUCGCUCAAGGGGCCCUUCGGUAACAAGUUCAGCAUCGGCGCGAUCGACGGGGACGUGCGGCUAGUCGGCGAACUGGACCGCGAGGAGCUUUCCAACUACACCCUCACGGUCGUCGCCACCGACAAAGGCGAACCCCCUCUGUCCUCGACGAUGGACGUGACCAUGACGGUUCUGGACGUCAACGACAACACGCCGAGCUUCUCGCAGAACAUCUACGACAUCGAGAUCGAGGAGAACACCCUGACCGGGAUCGACGUCAUCCAGGUGUUCGCCAGCGACGCGGACGAGGGCACCAACGGGCACAUCCGAUUUUCCAUCUCGGGAGGCAACGCCAACUCCGACUUCCGGAUCGAUUCGGUCACGGGGGCGAUUUCGGUGGCCAAGCAGCUGGACCGCGAGGCGCGUUCGUCCUACUCGCUGGUGGUCCAGGCCGCCGACCGAGGCAGCAGCCCCAGGGUGGACCGCGCAACGGUCAACGUCGUGCUGUUGGACGUGAACGACCGCUCGCCGGAGUUCGAGCUCUCUCCGUACACCGUCAACGUCCAGGAGAACUUCGAGAAUCUACCGAAAAACAUCCUGCAGGUUGUCGCCAGAGACGACGACCAAGGCGCCAACGGGCAGCUCAGCUACAUGCUCAGCGGCGGAAACGACGAGGGCGCGUUCAGCCUGUCGUCCAGCGGUCAGCUGAGCGUGACCCAGACUCUGGACCGCGAGGCCCGGGGGAAGUACGUCCUGCUGGUCACCGCCACCGACUCAGGUUCUCCGUCUCUGAGCGGAACCGGGACGGUCACGGUUCUGGUGGACGACGUGAACGACAACGUGCCCGUUUUCACCGCCUCCUCCUUCCACACCACCGUGAUGGAGAACGCGCCGACGGGGGCCGACGUGCUGCUGGUGAACAGCUCCGACGCGGACGUGGGCGUCAACGGGGUGACGAGCUACAGUCUGACCGGAGGACACGGCCAGUUCUCCAUCAACCCGGCUACGGGACAGAUCAUCACCAGCUCCCUGCUGGACCGAGAAGACAGAAACAAUUACCAGCUGCUGGUCGUGGCAACAGACGGAGGACAGCCCCGGGGCUUGUCCAGCUCUGCCACCGUGUCCGUGACGGUGGCCGACAUCAACGACAACCCUCCUCGCUUCCACCACCACCCCUACGUCACCCACAUACCCGCCUACACUGCGGCAGGGUCCCUGGUCUUUGCCGUUACCGUCACCGACGAGGACUCGGGCUCCAACGCCCAGCUGCACUACUCCCUUGUCGGGCGCAACUCUGAGAAGUUCAAGAUCGACUCCGUCAGGGGUGCCAUCACCGCCAACGAGAAGCUCACCGGAAGCUCAGAGGUCACCCUGACGGUUCGGGUAAAAGACGGCGGAGCGAACCCCAAAACGGACACGACCACCGUGACCGUCCGCUUCGUCACGGGAGGAAACUUCCCCGUCAUCACACUGAAGGAGCGCGCGUUCACGUUCCCGGAGAGCCAGCCGACAAACCACGUCGUCACGACGGUGACCGGGUCCUCCAUGAGGGGCGGGCCGUUGUCGUAUUACAUCGCCAGCGGCAACCUGGAUAACGCGUUUCACAUCGACCAGCUAUCGGGCGAGUUGUCCAUCAGGCAUCCCUUAGAUUAUGAGCACGUUCAGAAAUACGUUCUCUGGGUUGAGGCCAGAGAUCAGGGCUUCCCCCCGUAUUCCUCUUACGAGAAAGUGGAACUAACGGUGCUGGACGUCAAUGACAAUCACCCGGUGUUCGAUAAGGAUCCCUUCCACGCUGAGAUACUGGAGAACCUCUCACCGCAGCGGGUGCUGAUUGUUUCUGCUGUCGAUCUGGACAGCGGGCCUAACGGGCAGCUCGAAUACGCCCUCAUAGAUGGCAACAAGGAGAACAGUUUCAGCAUCAAUAGAGCGACCGGUGAAAUACGAACCACCCGGCCGCUGGACCGGGAAAAGGUGGCUCAGUACACUUUGAAAGUCAAAGCCACCGACCGUGGGUCGCCAUCCAGAAACUCGGCGGUCAAAGUGCUCAUCAAUGUACUGGACGUGAACGACAAUGCUCCGAGGUUUUCCAAGAUCUUCAGCGCUUCGGUGGCCGAGAAUGCCCCGGUGGGUUACACCGUCACCAGGGUCACCACCACGGACGAGGACGCCGGUUCAAAUGCCGUGAGCCGAUACUCAAUAACAGACCCCAGCCUUCCGUUCAACAUCAAUCCAAACACAGGAGACAUAACAAUAAGCAGGCAUCUCAAUCGAGAAGACACGGAUCAUUAUAUCGUCAAAGUGUCGGCCCAUGACUCUGGCUGGACAGUAAGCACCGAUGUCACCAUAUUUAUAACGGAUAUUAACGACAAUGCCCCCAGAUUCAGUCGUCCCUCUUACUAUCUGGACUACCCCGAGCUCACGGAGGUGGGCUCCCUGGUCACACAGGUGUCGGCCACGGAUUCCGACGAGGGCUUCAACGGCAAAAUCUUCUAUUUCAUUCGGUCCCAGUCUGAGUUUUUCCGAAUCAACGCCAGCUCCGGAGAGAUAUUUGUGAAGCAGCAGUUAAAAUAUCAGAACUCGACAGGCGCUAGCAGCAUUAAUAUAAACCGGCAGAGCUUCAUUGUCACGGCCUCAGACCGAGCGGUGAAGCCUCUGAUGAGCGAGACGACUGUGAUCGUAAACAUCGUAGACAGCAACGAUAAUCCGCCCGAGUUUGAUUCGCCGAGCUAUUUCACUCCCGUCACUAAAAGUGUCAAAGUCGGCACCAGGCUGAUUAGAAUUGUAGCUCACGACGAGAAGGACUUUGGCCUUAAUUCUGAGGUUGAGUACUUGAUAACCGGAGGAAACAGCUCCAGUAAAUUCAAGCUAGAUAAAACAAGUGGCUGGAUUACUGUUGCCUCCUCCCUCACAUCUGAUAUGAAUAGGUUUUUCCUCAUUGACCUCACGGCGAACGACAGAGGGAAUCCUCCUUUGUCUUCGCGGACGUCGGUCCGAGUUGCGGUCACGGAGGAGAACCACCACACGCCUGAGUUCUCACAAAGCCAAAUCUCAGCUACCGUACCCGAGAGCCUUGUUGUGGGAACGGCGAUAAGGACUUUGUCUGCCAGAGACAAAGACAAAGAAAUGAACGGCCUUAUCACAUACAAUAUUACUUCAGGCAACGACAGGGGUCUGUUUUUGCUUAACAGCAAGACGGGCGUGUUAUCCCUAGCUCACCCUCUGGACUUUGAAGACAAGAUACAGCAUGAUCUUAGAGUUUCAGCUACCGACGGCGGCUGGAUCGCAAAAACAAGCUACGUGUCCGUCACCGUGCACGUGAACGAUGUGAACGACAACCCUCCCGUGUUUGAACCUGACGAGUACUUCCCCAUUGUGCAGGAGAACGUUCCCAGUGGCACCACCGUGGUCAAAAUGAAUGCCACGGACCGCGAUUCGGGACCCAGCGCGGUCAUGGCGUAUGUGAUACAGUCGUCAGACAGUGACCUCUUUGUUAUUGACCCGAACACGGGCAUCAUCACCACCCAGGGCUUCUUGGAUUACGAGGCUAAGCAGGUCUACCAUUUAACGGUAAAGGCCUUCAAUGUGCCAGACGAGGAGCGCUGCAGCUUCGCCAAUGUCAACAUUCAGCUGAAGGGAGCCAAUGAAUACGUACCCCGCUUUGUCUCAAAACAGUACUACUUUGAAAUCUCUGAAGCCGCUCCAAAGGGCGCAGUGGUCGGGGAAGUGUUUGCCAGUGAUCGAGACCAAGGGAAUGACGGAGUGGUUUACUACCUGAUUUUCGGAAAGAGCAGAAAGAAGGGCUUUGGCAUCAACAGGAAAACGGGACAGAUUUAUGUCACAGGUACUCUAGACCGCGAGAAAGAGGAAAAGAUUUCACUAAAGGUGUUGGCAAAGAACAGCGGAAGCAUUCGGGGUGCAGAUAUCGACGAGGUGUUUGUGAACAUCACAAUCCUUGACGCCAACGAUCCUCCAGUUUUUACCCAAGAACUGUACGAUGUGCAGGUUAGUGAAGGUUUAUCGCCCGGUGGUCUCGUUACCUUUGUGAGUGCCGAGGACUCAGACUCCGUCCCGAGCUGGAGCCGAUUUUCAUAUUCCAUUGCUCCCAAGUUUGAUCAAAAUGUUUUCACCAUCAACCCAAAAACUGGCCAAGUGUCCGUGGCUGCAGAGCUUGACAGAGAAACGACUCCUGUGUAUAAUCUGACGGUUCUUGCUGUGGAUACUGGCACGCCUCCCGCAACCGGAAGCACCACCCUGAUUGUGAAUCUGGAAGAUAUCAAUGAUAACGGGCCAACUUUGACAACCGCAUAUGCCGAGGUAAUGGAGAACCAGAGAGCUGGCAUCGCCGUUGCAACAUUAACAGCAUCUGACACGGAUCUACCACCAAACCAAGGCCCUUUCCUAUUCAGCCUCCUCGGUUCUGGCUCUGCCAACAGCUACUUCAGCCUCAGUCCAGCUGGAGUGUUAACCACCAGUCGAGAGAUUGACAGGGAACAGAUUAGCGACUUCUACCUCUCUGUCGUGAUCAAGGACUCUGGUGUGCCUCAGAUGUCCUCCACGGGAACGAUUCACGUCAAAAUAAACGAUCAGAAUGACAACCCUUCAGAGCCGAGGGCCGUGGAAAUAUUUGUCCACUACUUUGGCAAUAUGUUUCCCGGAGGUUCUUUGGGAGACGUCAAACCCCAAGACCCUGACAUUCAGGAUAGAUUCCAUUGUUCCCUCAUUCCCUCAUCCUCCGGCCUGUUUAAUAUCCCAACUGGAACGUGCAGCCUCAACUCUAAAGCCCGCUCAACAGAUGGAACCUUUGAACUAACCAUCCGCAGCAGUGAUGGUGUCCACGGUUCAGUCAGCAAUACAGCCCGAGUCCUCUUCAUGGGUUUCACCAAUGCCACAGUGGACAACAGCAUAUUAAUUCGGCUCCACUCUCAAGGAGUCAAAGGCUUCCUAACCAACCACUACCUCAGCUUCCUACGCAUUGCCAACUCUCAGCUAGCGGGACUAGGCACCGGGGUGCUGCUUUAUGGAGCAUUCGAACUCAACAAUCAGACUUUCCUGAUGGCAGCUGUGAAACGAGGCCACGGACAAUAUGUCAACCCCAGUGGUGUGGCCACAUUCUUCCAGAGUAUCAAAGACGUUUUAUAUAGGCAGAGCGGGGUGCAAAUAGAUGCGGUGGACCAUGAUCCAUGCACACGCAACCCGUGCCAGAAUGGAGGCAGCUGCAAGAGGCGUCUCAGUGUCGGGCCUGACAUGAAGACAGAAGAAAGUGUCCCCGUGAUCCUCGUUUCCAACCACCCCCUGCAGCCCUACGCCUGCAGCUGCAGGCCAGGGUACAUGGGAGCCCUGUGCGAGACGGACAUCAACGAGUGCCAGCCGUCGCCCUGCCACAAUGGCGGCACCUGCCACAAUCUGGUGGGGGGAUUCUCAUGCACCUGCCCUGAAGGUUUCACCGGCAUGGCCUGUGAGAGGGAUGUCAACGAAUGCCUUUCCAAUCCCUGCAAGAACGGGGCGCUUUGCCAGAACUUCCCCGGCGGCUUCAACUGCCUCUGCAAAUCCGGAUUUGCAGGCAAAACGUGUGAUUCCAUCAUCAAUCACUGUGAGUGUAACCCAUGUUUUAAUGGCGGGUCCUGUCAGAAUCGGGUGGAUGGAUAUUACUGUCAUUGUCCAUUUGGGGUUUUCGGCAAACACUGCGAACUCAACAGCUACGGCUUUGAGGAGCUCUCCUACAUGGAGUUUCCGUCUCUGGAUCCCAACAACAACUACAUCUACAUCAAGUUCGCCACCCUGAAGAGCAACGCGCUGCUCAUGUACAACCACGACAACCAGACCGGAGACAAGGCGGAGUUCCUGGCUCUGGAGAUCUUCGAGGGACGGAUGCGCUUCUCCUUCAACUUGGGAAGCGGCACGUACAAACUGAUGACCAUGAUCAAAGUUUCGGACGGGCAGUUCCACACAGUCAUCGCCAGGAGAGCCGGGAUGGCUGCAUCCCUGACUGUGGACCUGUGCGGCGAUGACCAGGAACCGGGCUACUGCGCGGUGAGCAAUGUGGCGGUGCACACCGACUGGAUCCUGGACGUGCAGCCCAACAGGCUCUCGGUUGCAGGCGUCAGGUCAAUAGAACCCGUCCUUCAUCGGCGCGGUCAGGUCGCCACCCACGACUUUGUCGGCUGCAUCAUGGAGUUCGCCGUCAACGGCCGCCCGCUGGAGCCCAGUCAGGCGCUGGCAUCGCAUGGCAUCCUUGACAGAUGUCCGAGACUGGAAGGAGCCUGCACCGCCAGCCCCUGCAGACACGGGGGCACCUGCCUGGACCACUGGUCCUGGCAGCAGUGCCAGUGCGUGGACGGCUUCACCGGCAAAUUCUGCGAGAAAUACAUGACGGCGGACACCGCCCUGUCCCUGGACGGGACCGGCCGCCUGGACUACUCCCUGAAGCGGGGCCCCAAGCGCGACGUCCUCCUCAGGCAGUCGCUGCGGGGCGCGACCUCCGACCUCGCCGGCCCCAGCAGCCUGGAGGUCAAGUUCAGGACGCGCAGCAAGAGCGGCACUCUGCUGCACGUGCAGGAGAGCAGCAACUACACCACCGUUAAGCUGAGGAACGGCAACGUCCACUACAUCUCGGACGCCGGCGUCGGGGGGAAGGUGGAGCGGACCGUGGGAGAAGCGGCGCUGGCGGACGGCCUGUGGCACACGCUCCGGCUGGUGAAGAACGGCUCGGCCACGCUGCUCCUGGUGGACGGCAGCCACCCGAGGGUCAUCCAGCACGCCACGCAGGACUUCGGGGGGCUCGAUGUCGUGACCUUCUCCCUGGGAGGCAUCCCGCCAGGACCCGCUCAGCAGAAAACCGCAGCAGGGUUUGACGGCUGCCUGGCCUACGUGAAGUACAACGGGGAGAACCUGCCAUACACCGGGGACCACGGCCUCGUCACCUUAACCAAGACCAGUUCGUCCGUCAAGAUCGGCUGCAGAGGUCCCAACCUGUGCGAGAGCAGCCCAUGCUGGGACAGCUUGAUGUGCGUCAACCAGUGGUACGCGUACCAGUGUGUCCCACCCGGCGACUGCGGCUCGAACCCCUGCCAGAACCACGGCAGCUGUGUGCCGGAUCCCCGCUCAGGGUUCACCUGCGUCUGCUCCGAGUUCUACACGGGCAAGAGCUGCGAGACCUUGGUGGCCUGUCUGGGCGUCCAGUGCCCUCAGGGUAACGUCUGCAAGUCGGCCAACAACGGCGGCUUUGUCUGCAGUCCGAGCCCCGCGUCGGAGGCGAUGGUCCUCCCCAUCUGGGCGGUGCCCGCUAUCGUCGGCAGCUGUGCCACGGUCCUCGCCUUGGUGGUGCUCAGCUUGAUCCUGUGCAACCACUGCAAGGGUCGCAACAAGACCAAAGUGCCGAAGGAACCCAAGGAGAAGAAGCCCAAGGAGAAGAAGAAGAAAAAGAAGAAGAAAAAGGGCAGCGAGAACGUCGCGUUCGACGACCCGGAUAACAUACCGCCGUACGGAGAUGACAUGACGGUGCGGAAACAACCGGAAGGGAACCCCAAGCCGGACAUCAUUGAGAGGGAGAACCCUUAUCUGAUCUACGAUGAAACGGACAUCCCCCACAACAACGAGACUGUCCCCAGUGCUCCCUGCGCCCCCUGCAAUGGCCCAGAAGCAGACAUCGAACACUACGACAUAGACAACGCCAGCAGCAUCGCCCCCUCGGAUGCAGACAUCAUCCAACACUACAAGCAGUUCCGCAGCCACACGCCCAAGUUCUCCAUCCAGAGACACAGCCCGCUGGGCUUCGCCAGACAGUCCCCAUUACCCCUCGGUGCGACCAGCUACAACUACCAGCCUCAGUACACGCAAGCGUUGAGGUCCACCCCGCUCAGCCACUCCCACUCGGCGUGCCCGACCCCGAACCCUCUCUCCAGACACUCCCCGGCCCCGUUCACCAAGCCGUCCUCCUUUUACCGAAACACUCCAACCAGAGAGCUCAACCUGGCUCGCCGCGACGGCAGCCCGCUGGACCUGCACAACGACAUGUGCCAGCCGCCACCCAUGUUCAACUACGCCACCCGGCUGGGGAGGCGCAGCAAGAGUCCGCAGACCAUGGCCGGCCACGGCCACACGUCCAGGCCGGGCAGUCGGCUCAAGCAGCCGAUCGAGCAGAUCCCCCUGGAGACGGGGCCUCCCGUGGGGCUGUCCAUCGAGGAAGUGGAGCGGCUGAACACGCCGCGUCCGCGCAACCCCAGCAUCUGCAGCGCCGACCACGGGCGCUCCAGCUCGGAAGAGGACUGCCGCCGGCCACUGUCGAGGGUCCGCAACCCCGCCGACGGCAUCCCGGCACCGGAGACCUCUUCAGAGAGCGACUCGCACGACUCCUUCACCUGCUCGGAGAUGGAGUACGACCGGGACAAGCCGGUGUCGUACAACUCCCGAGUUCCCAAGCUCUCGCAGGUCAACGAGUCGGACGCCGACGACGAGGACUACGGCGGGAGGCUCAAGCAGAGGCGGUACUCGAGUCGGAGGGCGGAAGGAGGGCCUGGCAUUCCCCAGAUGCCCCCUACCGAGCAGCAGCACUACACCCUGCCCCACAAACUGGGCCAGCAAGCCAGUGGGGGCUUUAACUGGGACAAUCUGUUGAACUGGGGUCCCGGCUUCGGACAUUAUGUAGACGUUUUCAAGGACUUAGCUUUGCUCCCCGAGAACGCGGCAGCGAAUGACAUUGAAAUGAACAGUGGGGAUGGCUCGGUGACCAUUCUAAACGAAGGGGAGGCUGAGCAAUAUGUAUGAGACUAUUUAUUACGGUGUAGAAUACGGUGAAUGUUCUCCAUUUGAACGAAACAAAAAAAAGACUGUAUAUUUCAAGAGAACGUCGGACUACGUGUUUUUUGUUUUUAUUCAAAAUUAAAAGACGACUUUCAAUGCAGUAAGGCAGAAAAAUGGCACCUGUAACGUGACGGACUUUGUCAUUAGCCACCUUGGAAUAGUUUACCAGUCUUUUCUCUCGGUCCAAAGUCAACUGUACAAUCGUGCGUUCAUCUCUCACCCGAGGCCUCAUUACAACGUCUCCAUUGACGCUGGACGGCUCGACAAAAAAAAAGAAAAUCCAAUGUCUGAAAUUCAUUUAGUUUCUGCAAAGCUCCAUUCCUGUUAUCUUGAUCAAACUUGUUUCUGUUUUGUAUUACCAGCACUGCCUCUCUCUCCCCAUUUUCCCCCUUUUUUUAAACACUUCUGUCGCAUUCGCAGCCGAGAGAUAAGACGGGUAGAUAACGUUAACGCAAAAAAAAAAAAAGGAAACUCCCGGUCUCCGUCUUUUUAGGGGUACGUUUUUAAUUCACUUAAAAAGUGGAUUGAUUGAUCCGGCUGCACCUGCAUGGCGACGGGACUCGGCCCGCUCGCACGGCACGGGUCCGACCCCACCGACGUCGUGAUCCCUUCUCCUCGUGUCUUUGGUGCUGUUUUUAAAAAAUAUAUAUAUUAUUUUCUUUCACAGAAGACUGGCUAAACACUCCAAGAGUGAGGAUUACUCAUGUCCCCUGCCUUA